CACGUUACAACGCCUCGCCCGCCUCGUACCGUAGAUAGUUAUCUUGGGUAGAGGGGUUCGGUUCUCCUUUCGAUAACAAUGUAUUCUCAAUGCCUUCAUUACUUUCUCUUCCUCUGACGUUCGCCCUUCCGCCCAUUCUUCUGUUGCUUUCCAUACCUCUUGCUCUUUUCGCCGCAUUCACAACGCUCGCUGCCUUUGUGACCUUAGCCAUCAGGUUAGGUAUUGUAUACGUUGAGCUAGGGGGUGCACUGCUGCGAUCCUACCUCUUCGCCUCCACCUCUAAAGUAUCGUCAUCAAAGUCGCCGCGGUUGCAUCUCUCAGAGUCGAGCUCGAGUCUCGCGCAUCACCGACAACGCAGCAGAAGAAACAGCAUUGCCAGCUUUGCUAGUGUCGAUCAGCCUAAUACAGCAAGGACGCUAGUAUCUUACGGAGUACACCAUCGCAAUGACUCCCUUGCCAGUCUUUUAGGAGCUGGUGCACAAGGGCCUGCCAGGGACUUUGAAGGCAUUGGAGGUUGGAGAGACGAAGACGAUGAUCCAGAGCGCGAAGCGCUGUGGAUUGGCAUGAAUAAACGCCUCGAGCUGCCUGCUGCCCAGCCGGUCAGAUGGCAUCGACGCUCUGGCACCGGUAGUAGCACUGCUAGCUUUGUUGGCGGGAGCAACAACGCUAUACAAGGCUGGCUUGGCCCCAGUGAUGGCCAAAAGAGAUGGUCGCACGGGUCGGGCGCAUGGUCGCCGGAACUGUUGCGUAUGAGCCCGGUACAGUCCCGAGCACGAACGCCAUCGGUCACUGAGCGUGUAGUGUUUUCUGGCCAAGAUGAAGACGGUUACUUCGCUCUCCAAAUGCCUAAAGUGGCAAACAGCACUGGGGAAGUUCUCGUGCUCAAGAGCUCGGGCAAGGAGGGCAGAAGAAAGAGCGUUGGGAUGGAAGCAAAGGAGCCGAAGCGCGAGAAAUGUAAAACUAGUAGCGUGGACAGCAUAUCGAGCAUGGGUAGCAGGGUUACGGUUCGAAAGACAGGAUAUUAACGUUGUCAUGAUAUAACGGGUAACGGAUGACGAAAGAACAUCUAAUUUUGAAACAAUCUGGUCCAUGCUGGUUGUGAAACUGGCGUUUUGAUCGCCUCAUCAUCGGCCUUUUGC